AUGCCUUGUGGACUUGGUGGAAGCAAGACCGUCCAACGCAAGCUCGUCUUGCUGGGCGAUGGUGCCUGUGGCAAGACUUCGUUGCUAAAUGUCUUUACGAGAGGCUAUUUCCCAACGGUCUACGAGCCAACCGUCUUCGAGAAUUACGUGCAUGACAUCUUCGUCGACAAUGUCCACAUAGAACUGUCCCUGUGGGACACUGCGGGUCAAGAAGAGUUCGAUAGAUUGCGCAGCUUAUCUUAUGACGAUACGGACUUGAUCAUGCUCUGUUAUAGCGUCGACAGCAAAGACAGCCUGGAAAACGUUGAGAGCAAGUGGGUGGGCGAGAUUGCCGACAACUGCCCCGGGGUUAAGCUCGUACUGGUGGCGCUGAAGUGCGACCUGCGCGAGGGAUCGGAGGACGAGGAAGAGGCGCCCGCCGCCACCACCGACGGCGCAGACGGACAGAGGGAAAAGAAGCCCAUGAUCGGGUAUGAGCAAGGCCUGGAGGUGGCCAGGAGGAUUAAUGCCCUGCGGUACCUCGAGUGCUCGGCCAUGCGCAAUCGCGGCGUCAACGAGGCCUUUACGGAAGCCGCUCGUGUUGCGCUCAGCGUCAAAAAGGACAAGGAGGAUAACAAGUGUGUCGUGAUGUGAGCGGACGGCCUUAUCGCGCCAUCUCGCCGGCCUGCACCUGACGAGGGCGGACUCUGCAAACUCGGACGCCCGCGACGAAUCACACCCUAUCUCCGCGGACCCAUCGCGCGGCGUCGGUGUCGGCGUCUUCACCUCUGCACCGUCUAACUCUCUCUCUCUUCCCCUUACACGACUGCAUCUCACGACCGCAUCCGAUGGAGCCCUUUUUUUCUACUGUACAAAUUAAUAUAAUGUCCAAGCAUACACGAGGCGCUUCACGGCCGACCUGCCGAAGGCGGCAUCUCAGUGGAGGGCAGGGGAGACUUGGGAGGCGACGUCCAAAGACUACCUGUUUGGCCUCAGUGGCCGUCACGACUCUCAAACUACUGCGCCCUUUCUAUUCUUUCAGGUGCAUACUGUUUCAAAUCCCUGGUCUUCUACUUUGGUUUCUUGUUGUUUUUGUUUUUGAUCGUUAUGGCGGGCGAGAUGGGCGGGGACCGGACGGGCGGAUGGAAUUUCGCUUGCAGUUUCUUUUUCUGUUAUUUUUUUUUUUUUUUUGUCUCGGUUCUGUUUUUGUGUAGACAACUCGGAGAAGCGUGGCGAAGCCUGGUCACAUGGCCUCACAGGAGGUUCUUGAACAUCAUCUUUCAUACAAUCACCCUAAAAUGAGGUCUCUGUCCUUACAUGGAACCCAAGCCUUAAAAAGAUGCACAAAUCUUUGACUUGAAAAGAAUCGAAAUGAUUUUGUGUGCAACGAAAAGAGAAGGAAGGAGGAGGGGAGAGAAGGAAAGAAAAGGAAACGAUCUGGUGUUGACUUGGUCCCAUCCAUGGUAAGUGACUACUGCCGCCAGAAGCCAGGCUGCAGGUGAUAACCAGAGAGAUGGGUUAAUAAGGCUGCAGCAUGUCACUUUUAGUACAUACGACCAUAGGUAGUGGAGAACUUGGGAUCCCGUCUGCUCUCCCCU